AGGGAUGCCGCUGGCAAGAAUAGUUCCUUAAAUUGGGAUGGGAGAGCAAAAUUAACUGCGAACUCAGGAGCUGUUGGUUCAUUGACAGAAUCUGGACAUUCAACCGCGAUUUCAAAGAGUGUGGAUCCUCUUGCCAAAUCUACUUCCAAGGCGGAUCCUCUUUCAAAGCCUAAUACCAAUUCAUACAAUAAUCAUCAACGCUCCCUGCCAAAUCCAGGUAAACCACCAAAUUCUGAUCAAACAACCACUACUUCAGCAAGAAAUUCUGAAAUGAAAAGCAAUUCCAUAACGAGCCAUGGACAAGGAUGUGGCAAUUCCAGUCGUAGUGACAGCAUAGAGAGCUCCUGUGCACCUCAUAAACCUCAUACUGGUGGUGAUGUUAGAUGGGAUGCCAUUAAUAUUAUGAAAGCCAAACCUACUCCAAUUGAUCUCAGCAAUUUUCGGCUUCUCAAGCGCCUUGGUUAUGGAGACAUUGGUAGUGUCUAUCUUGUUGAACUCAGAGGAACCAACGCACACUUUGCCAUGAAAGUUAUGGACAAAGCUUCUCUUGCAAGUAGAAACAAGUUAUUGCGAGCACAGACAGAAAGGGAGAUUCUUGGACUUUUGGACCACCCAUUUUUGCCUACUCUGUAUUCUUACUUUGAGACUGAUAAAUUUUAUUGCCUGGUAAUGGAAUUCUGCAGUGGAGGAAAUCUCCAUUCCCUUCGACAGAAGCAACAAAACAAGCACUUUACUGAAGAGGCUGCAAGGUUUUAUGCAUCAGAGGUGCUACUGGCUCUUGAGUAUCUACACAUGCUAGGCAUCGUGUAUAGAGAUUUAAAGCCAGAGAAUGUGCUAGUAAGAGAUGAGGGACAUAUCAUGCUUUCAGAUUUUGAUCUAUCACUUCGUUGCUCUGUCAGUCCCACGCUAGUCAAAUCCUCAUCUGUACAUGUCAACAAUGGUACUUCUGGUUCUGGAGCAAUUCUAAAUGAUGAGCAUGCAGUGCAUGGUUGCACGCAGCCAUCAACUUCUUUUUUCCCACGUAUUUUGCCUUCCAAAAAGAACCGCAAAACUAAAUCAGAUUUUGGUAGCUUGGUUGGAGGUGCCCUCCCAGAACUGAUGGCAGAACCUACGAACGUACGGUCCAUGUCAUUUGUUGGUACGCAUGAAUAUUUAGCCCCUGAGAUUAUCCGUGGAGAGGGUCAUGGAAGUGCAGUGGACUGGUGGACAUUUGGUAUCUUCUUAUAUGAACUGUUACAUGGCACAACUCCCUUCAAGGGACAAGGAAACCGCGCAACCCUGUUUAAUGUUGUAGGGCAGCCAUUGAGAUUUCCAGAAAGUCCGCAAGUGAGUUUUGUGGCUCGAGAUCUUAUAAGAGGACUUUUAGUUAAAGAACCACAUAAUAGAAUUGCUUAUAAAAGAGGUGCUACAGAAAUAAAACAGCACCCAUUUUUUGAGGGAGUCAACUGGGCUCUAGUGAGAAGUGCAAUGCCUCCCCAUAUACCUGAACGUGUAGACUUUUCAUUAUUUGCCGCAAAAGAGUCUGCUCCUGGAGCUGCAGCCAAGAAGGUGGCACCAGAAGCUGUAGCUGAUAAAGACUGUGGAAGUCCUAAAGAUUCUUAUGUAGAAUUUGAGUAUUUCUAGAAUUUGGAUAAAAAAUUGUGCUUCUUUUACUUGUGUACAAACAACUAUAAGGGAAUCCUAAUAAGACACUUUAAUGGAAGGCGAUCAUAGAUCAUGUUACCAAAA